GUCAAGUUUAUAGGUUAUGUUAACCUAACCUUAAAAUUUCGUCAAAUCAAAACUCGCAUUCUUAGUUUAUUUUCCCAUAUAUUUAAGUUAUUUUAAAAUGUCAACACGAUGGUAUCCAAUUUAUCAAAAAGGUGGUCCACAGCUACGAGUUUUUCUUCCUAAUUUCUGGUUAAAACUAAUUAAACCGGUCCACGAUCAACCACCAAAUGUAGUCCAAUUUUCGUGUUCUAUGGAAAUGACCAGACAUGAUAUUAAAAAUUAUUUGGAGAAGAUUUACGAUGUUAAAGUGAGUGAUGUUCGAACGAGGAUUAUGUUGGGACAAACGAAAAAGCAACAAGGAAGAGGGAAUAUUAUUAAAGAGGAUGAUGUUAAAUUAGCUUAUAUUACCAUGCCGAAAGGUACUGUUUUUGAAUUUCCUAAUAUUUUUCCGGAGGAGGAGGAAAAGAAGAAAAAAAGUGAUGCAGAGAAAUCUUUAGAAGAUACCAAGAAGAAUUAUAAAAAGUUUUUGAAUAGAAAUAGUAAAAGGGUAAACAUGCCUGGUUGGUUUACUAUUUAAUUAAUUUUUUUUUAUUUAAUAUGGUAAUUUGUAGUAAAAUUGAUUUAUUUUAAAAAUAAAUCUUAUAA